AUGACUACUGAGAAAAAAUUGAUAUAUAUAACAUCAGAUGAACAGUUAGUUCAUGAAAUAUCUCUAAAAAGUAGUAAAAAUACAUAUAUAAUCGAUUUGGAUACUGGUGAACCCAUCAGUGCAACAGUAUCAAAGCAUAGUUCAACAAGUGAUCGAAAUAAUGAACAAUCAAAACGUUCGAGAAAAUCAAUAACAAAUUCCAGGUGUGUUAUUUGUGGUGAUCAUGCUAUUGGUUAUAAUUAUGAUGUUCUUUCAUGUGCUUCAUGUAAAGCAUUUUUUUAUGGACAUGCUUAUGAGAAUUUGAUUAAAAUGUUUGACAGACGUGCAUCAAACUCUGAACGAUCAAGAUAUCGACGUCGUUAUCCACGCCCAACACCUAUAAGGAAUUAUAACUAUGGUGGUCCUUAUGGUUAUGGAUAUUCACCAUAUGCACAAAGCUAUCCAUACAAUAACUUCUAUGGCAUUGGUGCUGGUGCUGUAGCACCUCCAGUUUUUACUAGUCAUCAUCAUCAUCACGGCCAUCAUAGUGGAGGUGGUGGUGCCAGCUGCGGUGGCGGAGGCGGUGGAGCCAGCUGCGGUGGCGGAGGUGGUGGAGCCAGCUGCGGUGGCGGAGGCGGUGGUGCCAGCUGCGGUGGCGGAGGUGGUGGAGCCAGCUGCGGUGGCGGCUAA